UUGUGCCUUGCGGUCCAAGUCGUCGGCAAGGCUGGAACCUUCGCCUCCAACCUCUCCGGAUUCUUUAACUUCUUUUACAUACCGCGCCUCUCUCUCUCUCUCUCUCUCCCCAUUUUUCUCUGUAACUUCCCCUCUUUCUCCUCCGCCUCCUUGUGCUUCUCUCUCUAGAUUUUGUGCUUUUUCGGCUGCAGAUCUGAGCGCCGAAAAGCUUGAAACCGCCGAAAAUGCGAGGUUUCGCUUUCUUCGACCGAGUUUCUAAAGCCUUCCAUGAUUAUCCUAAGGCUUCCAAAAUGCUCGUCGUCGUCGCCGUCAGUGGCGGUGGCUAUGUGGCUUACGCUGAGGCAACCCCUGAGCCAAAACUGAUCAGCAGCGCGCCUGUCAUAGAUCAAGUGGACAAUAAGAAACAGAAGAUUGUGGUACUUGGAACUGGCUGGGCUGGAACAAGUUUCUUGAGGAAUCUGAAAAAUCCCAACUAUGAGGUUCAGAUCAUAUCACCUCGGAAUUACUUUGCCUUCACCCCUCUGCUACCAAGCGUUACCUGUGGUACAGUGGAAGCUCGCAGCAUUGUUGAACCCAUUCGAAACAUUGUUAGAAAGAAAAAUGUGGACGUUCAAUUCACUGAAGCUGCGUGUCUGAAGAUCGAUGCACAAAACAAUAAAAUCUAUUGCCAUUCUAAUCUAGAAAACAAUUUGGAUGGACAAGAAGAGUUUGUUGUGGAUUAUGACUACCUUAUUAUAGCUGUGGGAGCCAAUGUUAAUACAUUCAAUACUCCUGGUGUGAUGGAGAACUGCCACUUCUUGAAGGAAGUGGAAGAUGCUCAAAAGAUUCGAAGGACUGUUAUUGACUGCUUUGAAAAGGCAAGCCUUCCAACUGUAAGCGAUGAGGAGAAGAAGAGAAUUCUUCAUUUUGCUGUUGUCGGGGGUGGCCCAACUGGUGUGGAAUUUGCUGCAGAACUUCAUGAUUUUGUCAACGAGGAUUUGGUCAAAUUGUAUCCCGGGGUCAAGGAUCUAGUUAGAAUUACAAUUCUCGAGGCUGGAGAUCAUAUUCUGAAUAUGUUUGACAAAAGAAUCACAUCUUUUGCUGAAGAAAAGUUUCAAAGAGAGGGUAUUGAUCUGAAAACAGGAUCCAUGGUUGUGAAAGUAACUGAUAAAGAAAUCUUUACCAAGGAAAUGAAAAAUGGCGGGGAAGUAUCUGCUAUGCCUUAUGGAAUGGCUCUCUGGUCAACUGGUAUUGGAACGCGUCCUUUCAUAAAGGAUUUCAUGACUCAAGUUGGUCAGGGUAAUCGACGGGCUUUAGCAACUGAUGAAUGGCUGCGUGUGGAGGGAUGCGACAAAGUGUAUGCAAUUGGUGAUUGUGCCACAAUAAAUCAGCGCAAAGUCAUGGAGGAUAUUGCUGCCAUAUUCCGCAAAACGGACAAGGAUAAUUCAGGAACACUUACAAUCGACGAGUAUGAAGAAGUGAUUAAGGAUAUCUGUGAAAGGUAUCCUCAGGUGGAGCUUUAUCUGAAGAGCAAACAGAUGAAAAAUAUGGUUGAUCUUUUGAAGGAAACAACGGAUGUUUCAAAAGGAAAUGUGGAGUUUAAUAUUGAAGAUUUCAAGACCGCUCUUUCUAAAGUGGAUUCCCAGAUGAAAAAUCUUCCAGCCACAGCCCAGGUUGCUGCUCAACAAGGUGUCUACCUUGCCAAGUGUUUCAACCGUAUGGAAGAGGCUGAGAAAAAUCCUGAAGGUCCUCUCAGGUUCCGUGGAGAAGGUCGCCAUCGGUUUCGACCCUUUAGGUACAAGCAUCUGGGGCAGUUUGCUCCAUUGGGUGGAGAGCAGACAGCAGCUCAGCUUCCUGGAGAUUGGGUUUCCAUUGGUCAUAGCUCCCAGUGGCUUUGGUAUUCUGUUUACGCUAGCAAACAAGUGAGCUGGCGCAACAGGUCACUGGUGGUAACGGACUGGGCUAGGCGUUUCAUCUGGGGGAGGGACUCGAGUCGCAUUUGAAUUGAGCCGCCAUCAGACGAUAUAUUGACAAGCACCGCGGCGCACGUUUAAAAAGAUCGAGUCUACAAAUAAAACAAAAUUUUUGUAUUCGAAUUCAAAUCGUUCGUUGAGGAAUUACUUACUUGAAGCAGCAGCAGCAGCAGCAGCAGCAGCAGCAGCAGCAGCAGAUCUUCCUCUUUCAUUGUAACCUUCUCCCAGGCUCGUGGGUUUUUGUGUAAAAUAACUGUCUCCAUAUUCCUCCUACGUCCCAAAUUUUGUAAAAUAACGUCUCCACGUGGGAUUUGAAGGUCCCAAAUUUUGCAGUUACAAAUUCCCUCCGAUUUGGUUGGUGAAGCGAUAUCUGAAUUUUUAGGUCACUUUUACUGUGCACAAGAGCUCUAUUAUAUAUUAAUUUUCACUUUCUUUUUA